AUGGAAACGUCUCAUUCUGCAGUAGUCCUUCCUCCUAUAGGUCAUGGAAACUGUCUCCUUGCCCCAUGGAUUCUCUGGGCCAUAUGGACUGCAAGAAACCAAAAACUGUUUCAAAACAUAUCUUCACCGCACAAGAAAACAGUAACCAAAGCUAUUCGUGAUGCAAAAGGGUGGACGGCAGCUCAAUUACCUAUCUCACAAGGCGCAAAGAGAUCUAAUCCCCAACAGAACAGACCAAGCUCUGGUGUGAUAUGUAAAUCCGAUGCGGCUUGGAAGAAAGAGGUACAAGCAGCGGGGCUCGCUUGGAGCUUCUACAGUAAUCAAUUGGAGCGAAUCAGCUCCCAUAAUCAACCUGUAGCGUUUGUGAUCUCGUCUUUUGGCAGAAGGACUAGCAAUACGUUCAGCGAUGAAACACGCCAUCGACCUUCGGAUGAGACAUAUGGUAUCAUUUAUGCUCGUGCUUACACCUGUAAGCAUCAGUACAACUUGCUUCUUGGUAAACAAGAAAGCAUGUCUGAUUAUUUCCUCAUUGUUGACUCGAUCAUUGCUUUAUUCCGAGUGGAUUUCACUAGAAGAUGGGAACUUGCUGAUCGCCAGCAAAAACUAGCUCAGACGCUCUCAAGGAUAAUCAAAAUUGCAGAGGAAUUCAAUGUUUCUGUCUACAUGACCAACCAAGGGGUGGAAUUAAUGUUCAUAUCAGAUCCAAAGAAGCCAGCAGGUGGUCAUGUUCUUGCUCACGCAGUCACGAUCAGUCUCAGUUUCAGGAAGGGCAAAGGAGAGCAACGAGUCUGCAAAGUCUUUGCCGCUCCUAAUCUCCCGGAAGGCGAAGCUAUAUCCUUUUGA